UGUGCAGCAGCCAUUUUGUCUGUUCUGGCAAGUCUGCCCUGACGACAACGAACUCCAGUUCCACCCUAAAAUAACAAUUUAAAAUGUUUUUAUCAAAUGUCUGUUCAACUUCAGUUUGCAUUUGAUGGACCCCUAAAAUUCAUAACGCCUUACCACGAACCUGAAGAGGCCUCUCUUUUACGUGGAAAGCUGAAAAGAGGUGAUAAACGCGGGUAAUCUGAGACAUGUCGUGCGAGGAGAGCUACUUGGCGAUCAUACGCUAUCUGACCGACGAGAGGGAGCCGUACGCGCCGGGUACAUCUGGGAACACCAAGAGAAAAAUACGCAAAGCAGCGGUGUGCUAUGUGGUGAGAAAUGGGACUUUAUUUUACCAGCGUCGGCUCAAGGGCCAAGAUGAUUUUACCGAGCUGGAAGUGGUGCUGCAGGACGAGCGGAAGAAGGAACUUAUCACCCAGGCGCACAUCAGCGACACCGGGGAGCACCUGAACCAGCAAGCCACAUGGGACACCAUCUCCCAGAAGUACUGGUGGAGAGGUAUCCUUAAGAAUGUGAAGGACAUCAUCCGUGAAUGUGCAGUUUGUCAAAGCAAACGCAGCGAGGACGGUCCUGGUCGACCACUUGGACGUACCAGACGCAAAGUCCUCGACGAGGAUGAGGAGGAGGAUGAAGAGGAUAGCUCCUUCUUUACUGAGCGGCUAAGGGCCAAACAUGAACUUGUGUUUGUGGACAGUAAAGGGGUGGUAAACCAGUUCCUACCCAAACAUAGUGGGACCAUGCUGGACAAACUGAACCAUCAGCGCCUCAAUAAUCAGUUCUGUGACAUCACUCUUCUGAUUGAGGGGGAGGAAUUCCGUGCUCACAAAGCGGUGCUCGCAGCGUGUAGUGACUAUUUCCACCAACUCUUCUUUGAGAAGGGGGCUGCCUCCACGCAUGAGGCUGUGGUCGACCUUUCAGGUUUCACAAAGGCCAGUUUUCUGCCCCUGUUGGACUUUGCCUACACCUCCUCUCUCACAUUUAACUUCUGUUUCAUGGCGGACAUUGCCAACCUGGCACGGCACCUGCUAAUGACGGAGGUGUUACAAAUCUGUGAAUCUGUGCACAAAAAGGUGGAGGAGCAGAAGCUUACAGUGUAUCAGAGAGGGGACGUGCACACUGUGGUGUCUGCUCAUGGCGAGCCUGACCUGGACCCCGGAGAUGGGCAAGACGAGGAGGACAUCACUGCAGAAGCUGCAGACACCACCUAUGUAGUAGCCAUCGAUAGCAAUGGCAGUGCUGUGGCGGUCACUCCGGAGCAGCUCGCCUUUGUGGCCAAUAAAGACUUCAUUCAACAACCAAUGGCUGUGGUCACCCCGGGAAACGAUGAGGGGGCAGGAUCUGAGACAGUGACUCUGAUCGCCCACACUCAACCGCAGCCUGGUGAGACAGUCACUCUGAUCUCUGGAGCAGAAGCGCUGGAGGACGAGGCCAUGACGGUGGUCACUCACAGCGGGCAGGCAGGGGCCAGUGACUCCCUGGCUGUGGUGUCUGCCUGUUUGGCUCUGGAGCAGCAGCCGGACACCCAAGCCCCAGGUCAGGCCUAUGUUAUCAGAGUGGACUCAGACAGAGGAGUGGAUGACACCCAAACUGAGCCUGUCCUACCUCAGCCCUCAUGUCCUGAUGACACAACACACACUGAGCCUGCCCCUCAGACCGAAGCCCCACCCCCACAGAAGCGCAGAAGGGGGCGUCCAGCCAAAGUGAAGAAGGACGUUGUGGAGGAGCCUGUGCCAGAGGAGGAAGAGCCUGUCCCAGAGGACAGCCCUGAGCCCCAGGAAGAGGAAUCUGGCCGGAGGAGACUGAGACACCGCUCCAUCGCUGAAGGGGGCUAUGCACGCCUGCAUAUGGGACUGGAAGAAGAGGAGGAGGAGGAGAGUGAGAGUACCUCACCUCCUCAGGCCACUCCCCCAAAGGUUAUAGUGCGCUCAGGGAAGAGGGGCCGGCCACCUAAACGUCCUGUGGAGAGCUCUGUGGAGAGGUCUGUGGAUAGCUCUGAGGGGGUUUCUGUGGAGAACAUGGUGUCCACUGCAGAGGGUCACCCUGAGGAGGAGGAGGGGGCAGAGCCUGAGCCUCUAAAACAGGAGGAGGCAUCGGACAGUGCAGUGGACGGAGAGCACACCUGUUCCGAGUGUGGCAUGUCCUUUCAGAGGAGGUACUCUCUCAUCAUGCACACACUCAAGCAUGAGAAGGCCCGUAGCUACAAGUGCAGCCUGUGCAGUAAGGAGUUCCAGUACGCUGCCUCUCUGCGCACUCAUCUGGCCCGACAUAAGCAGCAGAGCAGUCAGCGCGGCCCCGCUCGUGUCAUGGAGGUGGGCCCUGAGCCCCGGGUGGAGGAUGGAGACGACAGGGGACAGAUGGCCCACACUAAGAGGGAGUUUGUGUGUGACAUCUGUGGUAAAACCCUCCCAAAGCUCUACUCUCUGCGCCUGCACAUGCUGAGCCACACAGGGGUCCGGCCACACUCUUGUAAAGUCUGUGGAAAGACCUUCGCUCACAAACACAGUCUGAAGAUGCACCGUACACUGCACGAUGUCUCCAAACAGUUCCAGUGUCAGUACUGCCACAAGACCUUUGUAAGCAAGAGGAGCAUGGAGGACCAUACCAGCCUGCACACUGGCCAGUCCAAGUACCUGUGCAACACAUGUGGGGCCACCUUCUACCGCGCUUCUGCUCUGUCUAAACACAUGAAGAAGCACCAGCCCAAACCCAACGAGCGCCCCUUCGCCUGCACUCACUGUGAUAAGCGCUUCUUUGAGGCCAAAGACCUGCAGCAGCACAUGAACAAACACAUGGGACUGAAGCCUUUCCAGUGUCAAGUCUGUGGGAAGUGCUACAGCUGGAAGAAGGACUGGUACUCCCACGUCAAGUCCCACAGCGUUGCAGAGCCCUACAAAUGUAACGUUUGUGGAAAGGAGUUCUUUGAGAAGGCUUUGUUCCGACGCCAUGUGAAGAAGGCGACUCAUGGCAAGAAGGGUCGAGUGAAGCAAAACCUGGAGAGAGAAUGCGGACAGUGUGGGCGCAAGUUUACCCAGCUCCGAGAGUACAGACGCCACAUCAACAACCACCAGGGAGUGAAGCCGUUUGAGUGCCUGACCUGUGGCGUAGCGUGGGCAGAUGCUCGUUCUCUGAAGCGUCACGUGCGCACACACACAGGCGAGCGGCCCUACGUCUGCCCCAUUUGUCAGGAGGCACACAUCGAUGCCCGCACCCUCCGCAAACACAUGGGCAAAUUCCACACGGACAACCUGCCCGGGAAGAUCAUGCUGGAGAAGGACACCCUGCAAUUCCACAACCAGGGCACGCAAGUGGAGCAUGCGGUCAGCAUCCUGGCCUCAGAGCUGCCCCCUGAACUCCGGCAGCCACAGCCGUCCGGAGAGGAGAUAGAGACUGUACUGAUCACAGAGGAGACUGUGGAGGCGGUGGAGGCAGUACAAGCUGCCCAAGCUGCUGCCCAGGUCGCAGCAGAGGGUGUGUCCACUCUGUCUGACCAGGGCAUCAUGCAGGUGGUCAACUACGUCCUGGCACAGCAGGCUCUGAGCAGCACUAAAGAGGAUGCCCCGGAAAUCAUCCAGACCAUGGAGGUGGAAGUGGCCCAUGUGGCAGAGGUUGAGUGAACUGUUCUAAUGUAAAGAGACUGUUGGAAUUGUACAGGAGGAUGAAGUGUUUUUUGUUUUGUAAGCUAAGCACAUUUUAUGUGUAAAUAAUGGCAAUGUGUACAGAAUAAAACAUUGACAGUAGAAUAAACAUGUUUAUGUUUAUAUUAAACACCUGGGCCCUCUCUG